AUGGGCACCCUGCGCGGCCUGAGCAGCACAGCUGCCUUGAGAGAACGGGAGAGCAUGUUGAGGGAAGAGAGCAAGGUGGACCGGCACAAAAUCCUGGUACAUCCGCGUCAGUCCUUGGAAGCAAGACUCAAGCGCACCAUGGAUUCCUCCUUGUACAAGACCAUCAAGACCAGCAGAGGACUCGAGUACUCCGUUUACCACGUAGAGCCCACAGAUGCGUCGAAGCCUACCGCUCUCCUCGUCCAUGGCUUUCCCAGUUCCUCGUACGAUUGGCGCCAUCAGGUGGACUAUUUCAAGCUCCGCGGAUACGGCAUCCUAGCUCCCGAUAUGCUUGGCUACGGCCGCACCACUAAACCGCUUGACACUGCUCUGUACGCCUCAACCGCCAUUGCACAAGACGUCGUCGAGGUCGUGAAUGCUACAGCAGGCACUGGACCUGUCGUCGCCAUCGGCCAUGACUGGGGUUGCAGAAUUGUCAGCCGGCUGGCAAAUCUCCAUACAGAACGCUUCUUGGGCUUCGCAUUCCUCGCCAUAAGCUACAUGGCGCCGAACCCCGAGUUGUCUUACGCUCAGCUGUUGGCCUAUACAACCAAGCUAGCAGGCUACGAGUUGUUUGGUUAUUGGGCCUUCUUCUCUGACGACGACGCCGAUCAAGUAAUCAAGGAGAAUUAUGACAAAUUUUACACUGCCAUUGUCUCAUUCGGCCCAGAAGAGAUUAAAGCCCACUUCGUUGGCACCGGUGCUCUGAGGGCCUGGCUUUCGGAUGGGAAGCCUCAUUCACUUUCAAUUCCAGACUCUCUGACCAAAGAGGAAUUUGAUAUCCAGAAGGAACGGUUCUUCAAUACUGGGAUAACUGCCUCUCUAAACUGGUACAAGAUUAAUACUUCUGACAUAGAUCUGGAGGACUCGAAGACGAUUCCAAAGGAUAAGUAUAACAUCUCCAAGCCAGUUUUCUAUGGUGCGUGCGACAAGGAAGUUAUCGGUGUUCCUGCCUUAGGAAAAGGCGUAAUUCAAAAAUUCUGCUCCAAUGCGACCAUCAAGGAUUAUGACUCCGGUCAUUGGGUACUUUGGGAGGCCAAGGACAAGUUGAAUGCUGAACUAGAGGGAUGGGUUCAGGCUCUUUGA